CCUGUGAAACGAAGAAGAGAAGGAACCAAUCCGAUCCAGCGAAGCGUCCUUACUCUUGUAUGGGCAUGUUGUCUCUGUCUGCACGUGCUACCCUUCCAGUCCUAAAGAAAUGACUUCCAGGCCAGUUCCAUUGUUUGAGGAUGGCACAGGUGCCUAAGAAGAAUAAAGCCACCUCCUCCUCCUCCUCCUCCUCCUCCUCCUGAGGGCUUAUCAGCAACUACAGGUAUUUGUGCAAAAAUCCAUGAUGCUUAACGCCAUGGAGAAUCCAAGGGCAAAGAAGAAAUGUCAGCAAAACAUGACUGUCGACAUGAAGAGGAAAAGAACAGACAGCCACUUCGAGUUGCUGUGCACAAAUAAAUUAGCCAGGAAAACAAAAUUGAGCAAUCCAACACAGGACCGUCAAACCUUGAACUCUGAAAAUAGGGGCCCCGAUGCUUCCAAACAUGGACUCUCUGCUCCCGACCAUCACAGUUUAGUCACAGCACUAAGGGACAGUUGGGAGGUGGAUAGUGGUUUCUCAUCUGAAGCUAGUCCUCCGGCCAGUGGCCGGAGUUCACCCUGCCUUGGCUCAUGUCCGACCACCGUGGUGGCGUUAGAUUGUGAGAUGGUUGGGACGGGGCCUGGUGGGCGCAGCAGUGAGCUGGCCCGCUGCAGCAUUCUAGACUAUCACGGCAACAUUCUAUAUGACAAAUAUGUGCAACCGUGCCAACCCGUCACAGACUACAGGACUCCCUGGAGCGGCAUCAAGAGGCAUCAUCUUCUCAACGCCACACCCUUUGUGCAGGCCAGAGAUGAGAUCAUCAGAAUACUUGAGGGCAGAGUGGUCGUGGGCCAUUCCAUCUACAAUGACUUUGAGGCACUGGGCGUAAACCAUCCAUGUCACAUGGUGAGGGACACAAGCACGACAUGGCUACUCAGCCGAUUGGCUGGUUUCCCCCGAGAGCGCUGCGUUUCGCUCAGAAUCUUGUCCAAUAAGCUGCUCAAUAGGAGGAUACAGGUCAGAAAGAGAGGUCACUGUUCGGUGGAGGACGCCCUGGCCACUCUUGACCUUUACAAGCUGGUGGAGGGCGAGUGGGAACAGGAUCUGCAAAACAAGCUCAGAGACGACGAUGCUCCACACGAGCCCAGCUUCGCCUCUUCUAACCAUUAUAUGCAUGAUGAGUACUGGCCCAGUGACGUCACAACCAUCAGCCUUUGAGUUUUAUGCAGUAUUAAGUAGGAAAUGAUUAGUGGUUAGAUCAGAUAUAUACACCUAUCCCACCAUCAUUUUAAAACCACUUGUCAUUUGUGUAGGACUACUUUGACCAAUGAAACAUCUAUGACAAUGUUGUCCAUAAUUCAAAACAGGUUUUUUAAGGUUGGAGUUUGAACUUUCUACCUCAAGUUUGAACGGAUGUUACCAUUGUGGAUAAAAAGAGAAAACCUUCAUCAUAACAUGAUGGCUGAUUAAUGCAAACAACACGAAUUAGAACCAAAAGUAUAAUAUAUAUAUAUAUAUUAGAGAAAUUGAUGAGAAGAUGAACAAUGCAAUUAAUGCUUGAAUGAAAACACUUAACUUAUUGUUAAAGAUAUAACUAUGGUUGUUGUUCCUGACAGCAGUUCUGUGCUGUUGUACCUCAUAUUUACUUGCAGUGUUGAUAGUAAAUCAAGUCAGUUGUUGCAGUCUUGUUUCAUUGCGAUGUGAAAAGUGUAGAUGCUGUGCAGAGUUUGUAGUUUUUUCAAACAGUUUCUGCUUUUACUUGAACAUAUUAAUGCAAAUAUUAAAAGGGCAUGAGACUAAUCCUAGGCCAACUUUUAUGAAGUUUUUCACACUAAACAAGAUCCAAGUGCAAACCUGUGCCCCCUCAGCAUUAAGGUGAUGCAUAUACCUGUGUCAUGUUAAAAUAAAGUGGCAUCAUUUUGAAAUGACUGAUUCCAGUGAGUACAUGUAACCACGCUGAGUAAACCACCAGUUUGCAUAACGGUCUGUCCAUUUGCAAUAAGGUAUGAUGUAGCCGCUGGGGCUAUGGAGAAGUUUGGUCAAGUUUGGGAAUAAAAUGAGCACUGUUCUUG